AGGUCACAAAGGUACAGGCAUCAUUUGACUUUGAGCCUCAGGAAUCCGGAGAGCUGCGAUUACGCAAAGGAGACAUCGUCACAGUGCUGGACAAGAGCGAUCAGAACUGGUGGAAGGGGUCGUGUAAUGGCCAAGAAGGAAUGUUUCCUGUACCCUACGUAAAGGAGAUGAAGUAGCUCCUCCACUAUAGCUCCUAAACUACGGACAUUUACAUCUGUAUAGGCAAUUUCUCCCAAGUUUGUCUUAUAAUGUAUCCUGUGUUGUGCACAUGCUGUUGGUUAUUGCUGUAAUGUAUUAUAAUUCAAUGUGCCUUUUUUGAGUCCUUGCUGGUGUAGAUAACCUUAGACUUGUUUAAGAAUGAGUUAUAUUUUCUGUAAAACAUUUUGUAAUAAUUAUGGGAAAAACCACAUUGAUUCACAUGGUUUGUUCUUGGUUGUAUCAAGCGUUUUCACUGCGCAUGCGCAUUACUUAAUAAGCAAUGGCGUCGUCCGGCGGGGCAGAGUGCCGUAAAAUUCGGCUGAGGAAGCCGGCCUCAAAGAGCGAUGAACGCAAGGAGCAGAAGAACAGUGAAAAUGAUAAUCUAAAUACCUCUGAUACCGUUGCUGAUGAUAAACCUUUGGACAAGCCUGUGGACGUAAAGAAGAUUGAGCCAGGAUCCUACUGGCUGACCAGAGUUGUCUUCGUCAGAGCCAUCGGCUUCCUCUACUUUGUAGCAUUUCUGGUUGCUCUGAACCAGAAUAAGGAGCUGCUGGGUAGGAAUGGUCUCUUACCAAUCCCUGCAUACCUCUCUCGACUGAGGAAUCACUUUCAGGUGCCUGGAAAUGUAAGUGUCAACCUGGCAGCAUUGUCUGCUGUACCAAGUGUCCUGUGGUGGGUGCCUGAGGAGGCUACUGACGUGGCCCUCGAUGCCAUGGCGUACACUGGCCUGGGACUGUCUACACUCGUGCUUGUCUUGGGGGCCGGGAAUGCCGUCACCUUUACUGUUCUCUGGGUCCUCUAUCACUCCAUAGUCAACGUAGGCCAGCGCUGGUAUUCAUUUGGUUGGGAGUCUCAGUUGCUGGAGACUGGUUUCCUGGCCAUAUUCCUGUCCCCCGUCCUCUCCCUCUCCCGACUACCUCUCAACUCCCCCACCCCCUGGGUCGCCGUGUGGGGCUAUCGCUGGCUCGUCUUCAGGAUAUUGCUGGGAGCUGGGCUGAUAAAGAUCCGAGGUGAUCAGUGCUGGAGAGACCUGACAUGUAUGAACUACCACUAUGAGACCCAGCCAGUGCCCAACCCACUCAGCUACUAUCUCCACCAGUCACCGGAGGCCAUCCACCAGCUGGAGACUCUGGGGAACCACGUGGUGGAACUGGCUGCCCCCUUCCUCAUCUUCCUCCCCAGACAAUUCAGGAUGGUUGGUGGAGCCAUACAGAUACUCUUCCAGGUGAUUCUGAUAGUGAGUGGGAACCUGAGUUUCCUCAACUGGCUGACUCUCAUCCCUGCCAUCUUCUGUUUCGAUGACAAGUCUCUGGCCUGGCUGUUCUCCUCUGCCACCAGACACAGAGUGUUUGAAAUACAGCAGCACUGGCUACACACCAAGACCAAGCCGCUGGGGUGGUACAUUCGGCAGGCCUCGUCGCUAGCCCUGGCAGGGCUCCUGGUCUACCUGAGUGUCCCAGUGGUCCAGAACCUCCUCUCCUCCCGCCAGCUCAUGAACACUUCCUUUGACACUUUCAGGAUCGUCAAUACCUACGGAGCCUUUGGCAGUGUAACAAAGGAGAGGACAGAGGUCGUACUGGAAGGAACGUACAACAGCUCUGUGGGUCAGAGUGGAGAGAGGGCACAGUGGCUGGAGAUUGAGUUCAAGUGUAAGCCGGGGAGUGUUGGACGUCGGCCGUGCCUCAUCUCACCGUACCACUACCGCCUGGACUGGCUCAUGUGGUUUGCUGCCUUCCAGUCCUACCAACACAACCCAUGGCUGCUGAACUUGGCUGGGAAGAUACUGGCUGGAGAUCCCUCGGUCAACUCUCUACUGGCACACAACCCCUUUGCCGAGACACCCCCCAAGUAUGUGCGUGCUGUUCACUACCGUUACCAGUACACAGAGCUGGGCAGUGAAGCAGCAGGGAGAGGGGAGUGGUGGACCAGAAGACUCCUCCAGAAGCCCUACCUCCCCAUAGUGUCUGAGGAGCAAUUGAGACCUGUCAUUGAGGCCCAGGGCUGGCACUGGUACAUUCCUGAGCACGCCUCUGACUGAGCCUGCUGCAAUAGGCAAUAGCUGUUAUUCCCCUGUUCUUUGAGUUCCCUAGAAUACAGUGGAACAUGAAUGAUAGGCUUGCUAGUCCCUUGACUAUUACACUUCCUGGACCUCAUUUGUAUAAAAAUCACCAGUUAACCGUCAAAAAUUCCUACAUGUCCUGUUCCAUGUAAAUAUGUAUCUGACAUGGAACAGGACAUGUAGGAAUGUUUCAUCUCCCAACAAGUUGUCAAACUAACACUGUAGAACGUGAGUAAGACAAUUGCGCACAUAUGUGCGAAUGUGUGCGCAACUUCUAUUUUAAUGCACAUUUUCCCCGCUCUUUUAGAAAUGAAUGGGACCCGAACUCAUGAAUACCAUAAUGAUGCAUUAAAACAAAGCCUACAAAAUCGAAAAAUAUUUUCCUUGUUCCUUGGCAUAGU